GGUGACUGCUGUAUUACGUUACGGUUCCUUUAAAAGAGAUUGCCUCAUUCAAAGUCUACCUUAUUUAGUUGAUAACUUGGAUCAUAGGCAUGCAUGACCUGCCAGCAUUUUGUGUUUUGGCGCUUGUCGUAUCGGGUUGCGCUGAAGCUGCGGGUGACCACUGCUACCGCUCGGCAGUUGGGAACAAACCCGUACCCUGGCCAAAGCACCCCCUCACGUUUGAUGACCUCAAAAAUACUAUAAUGAACGGGAGUAAUGUUUCCCGGAACUACUAUGAAAUCUAUGACCGGUCCCCCGCACCACCACUUCCGAUCUUGCGCAAAGUGGUCAUCAACUGGAAGUUUAACUCCUCGGGAUAUAUCAAUGACUACGCAGGAUACAAUCCUUCCGACGGCAGUUGCAUAAAGAAUUACCUCGAGCUACGUGCAGUCGCAGGCUAUACAGACUUGAGGUUUACAUUCUUGUCGGUCUUUCCUACACCAGAGAACUUUACUGGAACGAUAUUUUCAUCAUGUCCUGAGAAAUACCACAUCAACUUUUACUGCCCAUCAAAAAACAUUAUCUUUGAAAAAACCCGCGAAGUUUGCAGUUCCAACUUGCGAAUGAGCAUAUAUAGUCAUUACGGUCCCAACGGACUUCCCUGGGGAGCUAUCGCCAAAGACCUGUGUAAAAACGGCUCACCACCCAUGGAGGACCCCCGCUGGAUCCUAACACAUGACGCCCCCACCCAAUGUUCUUUUGCAAAUUCACGGCGUCGGCGAGACAUUGGAUUGGUAUAGAAGGUGAAAAUCCAUCAUCAUCUGCUGAAGAAAAGAACUGUAUCAAUUUUCCCAAGCGUAUAAGUGUUAAAAACCAUAUCUUACGUUUAACUUAAUAUUCGUGCCAUAUUUGUAUAGAUGUACUCGAUCGUUCCAUGGCAUGUUAGAACUGCCACUUGUGUAUUCUAACCACUGAAAAUACCAACCCAGUUACUGGUUUUCACUGGUGUAUUCUAACCAUGGAAUAUACCAACUUAGUGACGAGUUUCCACUGGUGUAUUCUAACCAUGGAAUAUACCAACUCAGUGACUAGUUUCCACUGGUGUAUUCUAACCAUGGAGUAUACCAACUCAGUGACUAGUUUCCACUGGUGUAUUCUAACCAUGGAAUAUACCAACUCAGUGACUAGUUUCCACUGGUGUAUUCUAACCAUGGAAUAUACCAACUCAGUGACUAGUUUCCACUGGUGUAUUUUAACCUUGGAAUUUACCAACUUAUGACUAGUUUCAACUGGUGUAUUCUAACCAUGGAAUAUACCAACUCAGUGACUAGUUUCCACUGGUGUAUUUUAACCUUGGAAUUUACCAACUUAUGACUAGUUUCAACUGGUGUAUUCUAACCAUGGAAUAUACCAACUUAGUGACUAGUUUCUACUGGUGUAUUCUAACCAUGGAAUAUACCAACUUAGUGACUAGUUUCCACUGGUGUAUUCUAACCAUGAAAUAUACCAACUCAGUGACUAGUUUCAACUGGUGUAAACUAACCUUGGAAUAUGCCAACUAAAUUACUAGUUUCCACUGGUUUAUUCUAACCAUGGAAUAUACCAACUUAGUGACUAGUUUCUACUGGUGUAUUCUAACCAUGGAAUAUACCAACUCAGUGACUAGUUUCAACUGGUGUAUUCUAACCUUGGAAUAUGCCAACUAAAUUACUAGUUUCCACUGAUGUAUUCUAACCAUGGAAUUUACCAACUUAUUGACUAGUUCCCAAUGGUAUUAUAUUCACUUUAUAAAAUGUCAAUGGUAAUUUAUUAUCCCAAUGUAAGGUAUCCAGUGUACAACUAUGUGAAAUUAAGAUGUCUGGACGGCAGCAUUACUUCGGUAUCAUUUAAAGGGUUUUAUGUGGAGAGAAAACAUAUAUUAAAGGUAAACUAGUAAGGGACCAUUUUUUCGCCCGUACAUAUAUUUGCUCACCCUGUAAAACCAUUGGUAAGCAAUUCAUAACAAUUGUUUAUCAUACAAUAGAUAGUUUGAGUUCAAAUGAAUUUUUAAAGUAGAAAUAACUUAUAUUUUUCUCUGAAAAUGAGCCAUUUAUCAACAAUUCUGAAAUCGCACCAGGUUUAGCCAUAUUUCUUCGGAGUGGGGGUUAUCGAUUGUUUUUCUACUCAAAAACAUUUUGGUGUGUUCGAAGGAUAUUUUGACCUGGUGAGUAAGUUUAUUUCUCUUUUAUUUCAAUAUAAAUACGCCUACCCUACCCGGAGGCCCGACGUGUUAGCUCCUUCCGGUUUUUUAACCUUUGUUUCUAGAAACUUUAACCAAAAAGUUAUGGAAUGUAUAAACUGAACGAUUGUAACUAUCAAAUUUAAUACCUGACCAGCUCUCUUGAAAACAUGGUUUAUGCGAAAAAUUAAAUAUAUUGAACACCUGUAUGCUUUUAGAAAGCACAGAUUUUAUGAAGAUCUAGAAUAGAAUACAAGUGUCUCUGGUAGGUAAUUGUGCAUAACAAAAACGCGAGACGUUCGUAUUGGGUAACACAUUAUUGCCUUUUGCUAUACUUAUGACCACGUGUUACAGCUCGUGUCUUAAUUAUACUGAUGUUAAAGCACGCUUAUUCUGAUUCUGUAGCGAACAAAAACUGCAUAAAACUUCCACGACAAACAUAAAAGGUGUUUAAACAUAACAAUAUUGGCCAUACAGUACACAAGACGUCGUAAAAAAAUGAUGGAAAGAAAUCGAUAACAUUCAGCUAAAUAGGUCCGACAACGGUAUUUUUAUACUAAAAACAGUUUCAAGUCACGCAUUUUUCUAUUUUCACUUUGCAAACAAACAAUUGUUGAGCUCAUACAUUCAAUAACUUGUUUUGUUAAGGCGUCUUGAAUUAUAGGUUCAUUCCGAGAGGAGUUUUCACUUUUGCCUUCGGGAAGGCGUAUUUAUUUUGAGAUAAAAGUGAUAUUAACUUACUUACCAGGUCAAAAUAUCCUUCGAACACACCAACAUACUCAAAUAAUCCGCCAUUUUGUUCCGCAUCGAACAUGUCCCUCACUUAAAAUUCCGCAAAAAUAAUUUACGUUGGACCCUCAGGUAUAGGGAAUCAGCGAGCAUUAGUCAUUCAAUUAGUAUCGAACUUAUAUGGGGUAACCAUGCAUCAAAGUUUUAUUAUUGACAAUGACUUUAUGAAAUGUCAAGCUAAGUUGUGCAUUGAAUACCUUAAGACGUUUCGUACUUUUUUAAUUUGCAUAUUCAUUCACCCCCUAUGGAAAUGAAAUCCACAAUGUGUUUAAUGUCCCUAUCUGUAUGUAUACAUUCAUAUAUCUCAUGUUCAAAAUGGCAACAUUUCUUUCCACAUGUAGACGCAAAAUAAUUCAGACAAUGCGUUAGUAGCUUUAGUAUUUAUUGAAAAGAAGUGAUCGGAAAAGUCAAAUUUUUGGAUGGUCGCCAAUGGUCGGUCAUUCUUUUGACAAGCUAGUUAGAUUUUCUAUAUAACUGUGCUUUGAGAUGGCCAUUUGAGAACGGUCUCCUUCUCCUAUGUGUUAACACCAUUUACAGAAACUUUCUCAAAAAUAUGUUAUUUAAUCAUUUCAAUCAUUUCUUUUAUUCCUUUUUCUUGUAAAACCAUAAGACAUGGACUUUCAGUCACUAAUCUUACACAAUAUUAAAGCUGCACUCUCACAGAUUUACCGUUUUGACAUUUUUAUUUUAUUUUUUGUCUUGGAAUGAGCCAAUGUUUGCCUAAUAUCUGCAAACUAGUGAUAUAAGACAACUGGGAAAAGAUCAGAUCGCAGAUUUUCAUAUUUAAUUAAUGUUUUAUGGCCCAAAGCGUUACUAACGGUUUAAGAAAAAUGCAUAAAACAUCAAUUUUUGAACUUUGUCAGCAGUCUUAUAUCACUGGUUUCCAUGCAUUUUCGCAUAUAUUGGCUCGUUCCAAGACAAAAAAAGUCGUCCAAACGUUCAAUCUGUGAGAGUGCAGCUUUAAGGUAUGAUUUUGCGAUUCCGCGAACUUUUGUCACGUGCUCCUGGCAAAACACUUCCUUGCGAGUGUAUGGUCUCAGAAGGACCACUAACCCUGAGCAGUGGAGCAUCAAACACUGUCUCAUGGGUUGGGUUUUAUACACAUGUCAGUAAAACAGCAACCCAUACAAUACCAGCAAUGUUUAAGUAACUUCUUCAGACCUUGGCAUUUGAAAUGCGACUGGUUUUUGCUAAUUUAAAAACAAUACUUCACCAUGGUUUUAUCUGCAUGUUUGUCAUUUUGUAAAUAGUUGUACAUUUUCAAAAGUACUAUUUUCAUAUUUAGCCAGUGAUAAUAUAUAUAUAUAUAUA